UGCGUCAUAUUCCUGCGACUUCCUGUUUCCAAUAUGGCUGCGUCCAGGCUAGAGAUCAAUUUUAUCAGGUUAUUAUCGCGUUGUGAAUCUAUUGCUUCCGAAAAAAGAGGAGAAGUGGAAUGGAGGCUGGAGAAGUAUGUUGGGGCCUUGGAGGACAUGCUGGUGGCUUUGAGAAAGAGCCCAGGCAAACCUACUGCAGAGAUCCUGACAGACUAUACACGUAAAGUAGACUUCCUCAAAGGCCUUAUAGAGGCUGAGAAGCUGCCAUCACCUUCAGAGAAAGCUUUAGCUAAUCAGCUCCUGGCGCCAGGUCGCACGCCCACCAUCUCCAGUGAGAGGAUGUCGGCCACCAAGACAGUACACAUGCAAAGUAAAGCACGGUGCACAGGGGAAAUGCGCUCGGAGCUCUUUGGCACUGGUGCUUCAAGUGCAGGUACUGGAACAGAUCUGAGACAUCGGGGCCGCAGUGUCCCGGCAGAUGAGUGUGAGAGUGCAGCAGAGCUGGAUGCUGUACUGCAGCACCAUCACAGCCUGCAGGAGAAACUGGCUGAGGACAUGCUGAGCCUCGCACGCAACCUGAAGAACAACACACUCGCUGCACAGAACAUCAUUAAACAGGACAAUCAGACUCUGAGUCAGUCCAUGCGACAGGCAGAUAUGAACUUUGAGAAGCUGAAGACUGAAUCGGAGCGACUGGAGCAGCAUGCGAAGAAAUCUGUCAACUGGCUGCUGUGGCUGAUGCUCAUAUUAGUCUCAUUCACCUUCAUCAGUAUGAUUCUGUUUAUCCGCCUCUUCCCCAGACUCAGGUGAUGUGGCCUGACUCAAACAGCGUGUUUAAAAUACACACACACACAUAUGUGUGUGUUUUGCAUAUGCAAACUCCCCCAAGGCCUGGAAGUGACUUGUAAGGAUCCUGUGCCGUUUGUAACAUCAAGCAUGGCCAAUGUUCCUGCUUUAACACUAAUCCCAGUUCUUUAUACCUGAUUCAUUAACGCCUGUAGAAGACAUAAAAAUCUUCAGUAUCCUUCAGUUAGUUGCAGUCUAGAAGCCACUGAGUGAUCGACACACGAAUGCUAAUGUUGUCUGGAAUAAAGAUUUUAGUUUUUUUUUUUUUUUUUCUAGAUUGUAGAAUUCUGGGCCAAUUUUUAUUUGGACAGAUGGGCAUGGACAUGUCUUUGGGUGAUCAGUAGAGACCUCACUGACAAAUCACAUCCUCAUACACUGGGCUCUGUGCUGUGGCACCUACACAAGCUUCCUGGGGUUAAACGAAUAGAAAAUGGAAACUGUGUUAAUGUCUAUUGUAGAAAUGUGUGCAGGACUGUGUCUCUCUUUUAUAGUUUCUUUCUAAAUCACAUUAACUGCAGGGUUUUUUUGUGUUUUGUUUGUUUGCAUCUACUCUUGACAGUUUCUAAAAGUAGUUGCUUCUGUUUCCCAAAAUAAAAUGAAUCGAGUCAGAGACUUCUAACCAAUGUGACUGGGAUAAAGCGCUUCCAGCAGACAUGUUAAAUGUGUCAAUGGUUUAACAAGUUCCAGGAGUUUCAUGUUUGCUUGUACAGAACUAACCCUGUGUUUACAGUAGCAAGCGACAUGUCAAUCAAUUUCCUCAAUUCUUUGCAUGUUAUGAAUCCAAGGAUUCCUCAAAGCAGUUCUAUGGUACGUGUGAGGCAACAUUUCUCCAGUUCCCCACUCACAGCUUUAUGGCCUUUUUGCAGUUUAUCCUCACAGAAGCUUUAAAAAAAUUCAAAGAA